UGUUGUGCCAAGAAAAUGGGAGAUGCCAGGAAUCGGACUGUUUUCCAUAACAUGGAAAGGGAGGGGCACAGAGAGGUGGGAUGCAAUACUGAAAGUGACCAGCAGGACUCUGGCUCCACCAUUUUGCCUGUCACCAGACCAGACAAUGAAAACAAGCUUUUGUUCCAGUUUCAGAAGGCAGAAUCUGAUCUGGAUUACAUUCAACACAAAUUGGAAUUUGAAAUAAUGAAAAAUCUUCCUGAUAAUCCAUCAGCAGAGGAAAAUCCAGUGAUUCUAUUAAAGGAACUCUCAGUGAUGAAGUCACGUUAUAGAAUGUUAUGUGCACAGCUGAAAGAAAUUUCCAUAGAGCAAAGAGAAUCUAUAAGCUGUAUUCAUGCUACUCUAGAAAACACUAUGAAGAUGGUACAAGCACUACAGCAACAUGCUGAUCUUGAGCUUUCACCUCUGUCUGAAGAAGAACAGACUGCAGCACAACAGUUAGCAUGUAAAAUUGUUAAAGGAACAGAGCCACCAGUGGAAGAGCCACUUUGUUCACUGCCUACAGUUCCUGUUCCAGAUAGGGAAUCACAGUUCAAACCAGUGACUAAGGAGAUGUUUAUGGCUGUACCAAGGACUAUCAGAAGCACUGAUAAAUUAGUGGACCUGAAUAGCUUUUACAGGGAACUGUUUAACUACUUUGUUCUAAAUAAGAACAGCGCACCAUUGAGUGUUGCACAGAUGAGCAAGAUGAAUAUGAAAGCCACCAAUUCCAGCCUAAAAAUCUUGAAAGAACUUUCCAUUGUAGAAAUUGACAAACAAGGGAAUGUAAGGUUAAUUGUGUAAAUUUAAGCCUAAAUGAUCUAAUCCUAUUUUGAUACAAGGAAUUUGGGUGCAGCUCUUUGCAUAUUGGUAGGCAAAUAUUUCUCUUUUACAGUCUGUGAAAACGUGUUAAUGUAUCUGGUUUAGUAUUCUUUUUGUCAUACACAAUUAUGAAUUAAAAGCAUACAAGUUUUAUAAACUUUGUUUUAUAGGAUUUGUAGGAAAUAGUGGCCAGAAUCAUGUUUUUUAACUCAAUGUUUCAGUCAUUUGUUUUCCUGUGUGGCGAUUAAAUGCAUUUAGCCAAAAACAUUAACUUCUACUUGGCUUUACUCAGGAAUUCAAGUAUGCUGUAAAAGUUUUACUACUUGCCAUAUAUUCCCCAUCAGUGGCCCAGUAUAGGUGCCCCCUUUCACGCUUCUGGUUCCUCACCUGUUCCCAUCCUGAGUGGAGAAAUAUCUCACUUCCUCCUGACACAGGUAUUUCCAGACUGCACAAUUCCCUGCCUAUACUAUAAAUUCCCCUGCAAGGCCAACUGUUGCUUUGCCUUCUCUUCAAAGACUAUAUAUUGAUUGCCCACAGUUAAGUUACCACACAGCUCUUUCUAAGCAAGUACAUUAAGGUAAAAGCAUUAUAGAGAAAACAUAUUAAUACAAUAAAAGAACCUACACAGACACUGAUAUGUUUACCAGGGCGUACUUCUAUGCCAACAAGGGCUGAAGCAGGUGAUCAGUCCUUCAAACUUGGUUAUAAGUUCAUAUCCAUAGAGGUUAGGAACAAGCACACUGAGGAGUCUGAAUCUCUUCUUUAUUUGGCUUGGCCCUUGGAUCUUAGAUAGUGAAUAGGUGAUCAGUAAGACAAAGGCUUUCUCCUCCAGGUGUAACUUUAUAAGGAUGGGUCAGAAGAUAGACAAUUUGCAUUCUCUUCCUUCCAGUUUUCUCCAAAGAAACCUACUUGGCUGUCUACAUAUUCACUUUGUUUUAGAUAGCCCUUUGAAGCUGAUAGCACUUUCCAGGGUUUACAUUAAUCACUUAAUCAGGUUUCCUCCCUCAAGGUGCUGCAUAUGAUUUCACAAUAACAUAUAUAUUUGUAAUACAGUGAAUUCCUAAAACGCUGACACUUAAUUCAAUAAAGGUUGUAUAGAA